CAGCCUGUUAAACGGAAAGGACCCAGCUCGUGUGUAAUGUAUAAAGAGAGGGAGAGAGAGGGGAGAGAGUGUGAGGGGGAGAGAGUGGUGAAUCGAGAGAGAGCGGCCGAGGGGACACACACAGCGCUACAGAGAGACCAGGCAGCUUCCUCUAUGUAUAUAAAGAUGGCCACGUUAGCGAAUGGGCAGCCAGACAAUAGCAGCCUCACUGUCAGCAACCCGAGCAGCAACGGCCACAUGAACGGAUUAAACCACCACAGUCCCGGGGGCGCCGCCAGCACCAUCCCCAUGAAGGACCACGAUGCCAUCAAGCUGUUCAUUGGGCAGAUCCCCCGCAAUCUGGACGAGAAGGACCUGAAACCUCUCUUCGAGGAGUUCGGAAAGAUCUACGAGCUGACGGUGCUGAAGGACAGGUUCACCGGGAUGCACAAAGGCUGCGCCUUCCUUACAUACUGUGAAAGAGAAUCUGCACUAAAGGCCCAGAGUGCUCUGCAUGAGCAGAAGACACUGCCAGGGAUGAACAGACCAAUCCAGGUGAAGCCGGCGGACAGCGAGAGCCGAGGAGAAGACAGAAAACUCUUCGUGGGCAUGCUCAAUAAACAGCAGUCUGAGGACGACGUGCGCCGGCUAUUCGAAGCUUUCGGGAACAUUGAAGAGUGCACCAUCCUGCGAGGCCCCGAUGGGAACAGCAAAGGGUGUGCGUUUGUGAAAUAUUCAUCCCACGCGGAGGCACAGGCAGCCAUCAACGCUUUGCACGGGAGCCAGACAAUGCCGGGGGCCUCCUCGAGCCUAGUGGUGAAGUUUGCAGACACAGACAAGGAGCGCACAAUGAGACGGAUGCAGCAAAUGGCUGGCCAGAUGGGCAUGUUCAAUCCCAUGGCUAUUCAGUUCGGAGCUUAUGGUGCCUACGCUCAAGCACUGAUGCAGCAGCAAGCCGCCAUCAUGGCAUCCGUAGCACAAGGAGGUUACUUGAACCCCAUGGCGGCCUUCGCAGCGGCCCAGAUGCAGCAGAUGGCGGCCCUCAACAUGAACGGUCUCGCAGCGGCCCCCAUGACACCAACAUCAGGUGGAAGCACCCCCCCGGGUAUCACUGCACCAGCUGUGCCUAGCAUUCCAUCUCCAAUCGGGGUCAAUGGUUUUACUGGGAUCCCAGCACAGGCCAAUGGUCAGCCAGCAGCAGAAGCUGUAUUUGCUAAUGGGAUCCACCCAUACCCAGCACAGAGUCCCACUGCAGCGGACCCCUUGCAGCAAGCCUAUGCCGGAGUACAGCAAUAUGCAGGUCCUGCCUACCCUGCUGCUUAUGGUCAGAUCAGUCAAGCCUUUCCACAGCCGCCUCCCAUGAUUCCACAGCAACAGAGAGAAGGACCCGAGGGCUGCAACCUGUUUAUCUACCAUCUGCCCCAGGAAUUUGGGGAUGCUGAGCUGAUGCAGAUGUUCCUGCCUUUCGGUAAUGUCAUCUCCUCGAAAGUGUUUGUGGAUCGGGCGACAAACCAAAGUAAAUGCUUUGGUUUUGUGAGUUUUGACAAUCCUGCCAGUGCUCAAGCUGCCAUCCAGGCCAUGAACGGCUUCCAGAUUGGCAUGAAGAGGCUCAAGGUGCAACUGAAACGACCGAAGGAUGCCAACCGCCCUUACUGAGACUUUGCGAGGGCCUCUGAAACAAGGACUAGCACAGGGCAGGAACUAAAUGGGCCGUAUUUUAACAAUACAACAUACAUAUAUAAAUAUAUAUGAUCGAAAUGCACCUGGAACACAACUUUGACAUAUCAGCAAAGUACCAAUCACGCUGAAGACAUUAGACUUUUCGCUCUUUGAUUGUUAAGACUGUAACGUUUCUUCAAUGAGAAAGUAUCACGUCUACUUCCGUGGAAGGAAAUUCAAGUCGGAAACCAUCAGACGGGAUCAAGAUCGAUCGGAAAUUUUCCGAACAGACACUGAUAAAAUCAUACAAAAAAAGGCUUUUUUCUUCAAACAGGAAAUCUGACAAGGAGUGCCUGGUUGCCACCAUGAAUUCUGUUGCUAUGGUGUGACACCAUAGCGACUGUUGCUAGAAGCAUUGUAUCUGUCAUUCCUUAGCUAUUUAGGGACCAAAGGACCAAACUUUUUAAGCAGACUUGUAGCUGUAUGUAAAAUAUGGAAUAUACUUCCUACAUCUCUACUGUUCCUAAAACAGUCUGGGGGCAAUUAUAUGAAAUAUGUAAAAAUUUAAAUGCUUAAAAUGCUUUUAAAAAAAAAGGCAAGAUAAUAGUUAUUUGAUACUAUGGAAGGUUAUUUGGUUACAUUAAUUCAAUUAUGAAAAUUUCCUAUGGUUUUCUGUAUAUUACGUAAGGAAUAAGUGAUUAGGGGGUUACCGAAAGGAAGCUUAAAAAAAAAUGCAAAUGAAAAAAAAAAGUGGAAAAAAAUGAAAAAAAUUUCAAAAACCAAAAAAAAUAAUAAAAAAAAGGUUAAAAAUACAUUAGAAUGAUGGUUGUAGUGAAAAGGUUUGUAAAUGCUUAUCCCCAUUUAAAAAGAAAAAUCCUAAUAGUUGUACAGAAUUUAACAGAAUAAAAAAAAAAAAAAGUUUAACAUACUAUAUCAUAGAAAAAAAAAUUAGAGAGCAAAAAAAUGUAUAAAAAAUGCAAAAAAAAAAUUAAAUAGACGUUAGCGUUAUUGCUAAGAGAAAGAUGUUGUAGAACUGUAAUUUUUGUAGAA